AAACUAGAGCCCCCAAAGCAGCCAAUCCAAGUUCAAAGUUCCCAGUCCACAGGUCAAAGUAUCCGACAUUAACUAGUAUUAAAAGUUCUUCAAACUGUUCAUUUCACUCAUUAGAAAUCAGAACUCAGAAAAUCGGACAACAAGAAAGAGAGAAGCAGAAGAACUAUUAUUCCAUUUCCAUGGAGAAAAUUAGCAACCCAACGGUCGACAAGAGAAGCGGUUUCUGCAAAUCCAAUUCCAUCUUCUACAGCAAACGCACGCCGGUUGCGCUCCCACAGAACCAAUCCGUGGACAUCGCCACAUUCAUAUCCUCCCGGGCCCACAAUGGCAAGAUUGCUUUCGUUGACGCCGCCACCGGCCGCCACCUCACUUUCCCCCAGCUCUGGAGAGCCGUCUAUUCCGUCGCCACGUGUCUCUCCACUGACAUGGGGAUCCGAAAGGGUGACGUCAUCCUCCUCCUCUCACCAAACUCCAUCGUCUUCCCCGUUGUCUGCCUCGCCGUGAUGUCCCUCGGCGCCGUCAUAACCACCACCAACCCCCUCAACACCUCCCGAGAAAUCGCCAAGCAAAUCGCCGAUUCCAAACCCGUCCUCGCCUUCACCACUCUCCAACUCAUCCCCAAAAUCGUCGGGUCAAAUCUCCCACUCGUCCUCAUCGACGACGACGUCGGAAAACAGAGCUUGUCGAAUAAAAACCUCAGAAUAGUCUUCUCUUUGGGGGAAAUGAUGAAAAAGGAGCCGAGCGCGAAGCGAGUCGGGUACCGAGUCGACCAGGACGACACGGCCACUUUGCUUUACUCCUCCGGCACGACCGGAGAGAGCAAAGGAGUGGUUUCCUCUCACCGGAAUCUGAUCGCCAUGGUUCAGACAAUUCUCGGCCGUUUCGGCGCCGAUGAAGGAGAGCAGACCUUCAUCUGCACAGUCCCGAUGUUCCACAUCUACGGCUUGGCGGCCUUCGCGAUGGGGCUUCUCUCGUCGGGAUCGACGAUCGUGGUGCUCUCGAAGUUCGAGAUCCACGACAUGCUGUCGGCGAUAGAGAAGUACAGGGCGACGUACCUCCCGCUGGUGCCGCCGAUUCUGAUGGCGCUGCUU